AUGCAUAUACGCAUAGAAUGCCAAAACUUGAUUCAGACCUUCCUGUCAAACUGUUUCCCAUUGCAUUGGCCCCCAACAUUCCAAUCCUGGAUUUUUCUGCUUGCGGAGUUACCUACCAAAAUUCAAGCGCUGGAAAUGUCAAGCGCAGCAGUCGCAGCGUCGGCGAUGGGACACAUGCUUGAUAAUCAAGCUCUAGUCAAGCAAGGCUUGAACUGCUAUAUCCAGGGCCUUCAACACCUCCAAAAAGCAUUAUACGACCUCAACCUCGUGCGAGAAGAUGGAACCCUGACCGCGUGCAUGGCACUCAGUCUGUACGAGGCCCUCGAAUGCCCCAAUCAGGGAUCCGAAGGCUAUUUCAAUCAUUGUCGUGGUAUCAUCGCUUUGAUUCAAUCCCGCGGUCAUGAGAUGCAUUCUUCAGGCCUGGGACAUCAAUUAUUCCUUGGUAUUUUGUUCUCUUUGAAUCACCAUACCUCAACUAUUUUCUUCGAGUCCACUUGGAUGGAGCAACCUUGGGCAGUAAUACCGAAAACGUCUCACGAUCAGGUAACAGAUUGCCUCGCCCAAGCCCCUAUGAUUCUAGAACGUAUACGAUCAUUACCUCAUCUACCUAAAUUCCAGCAGGUCGAUUUACUCCAACGGUUGAUUCGCGAAUGCUGGCGAAUUAAUAAACAGCUGGAUGUUACCUAUGAUGAAAUGCAAUCACAGGACCUAUACUGGCAGGUGCCGUCGCAAACACCUCUGUUUUCGGAUUUGUUCCCUGUCGUUUUCUGUUUUCGAGACGCCCAGAGCGCUGCUACACUGGUGCUCCUGUGGGCAACGCGAACGAUGCUUUAG